CUUACUGCCAUCGCUGACAUUUGAGGCCUACUCAGCCAACUUUUCUUCGCACGGGGUAAAGCAGAAAACAUGAGUUUAGUAUUCCUUGAAGCGCGCUCUGCAACCGAAAAACAUCAUGACUCUGUCUGGGGUCUCUCAUGGACAGCCCAAGAUACAGUAAUCAGCAUCUCUGCUGAUGGCGCAAUCCGUCAAUGGGCCUCAGCGACAGGCCAGCCUUACCCGCCGAACGCACCGCCUCCGAAGCCGCAUACACUGGGGCUGACCUCCCUUUCUGUGUCGCGAGAUGGUAGGAAGGCGCUGUACAACAGCAUCGAGGGGACGACGCGUCUUUGGGACGUUGCUGGCAGCGGCGAGAUUGUAGGGACCUUCGAGAGCUUUGCGAAGUCAGAUGAUGCGCAGAGCGGGCCUUCGUGGUCUGUCUCCCUGCACCCAGAGGGAGAGACGUACGCGUCGACCGGCAGCUCUGGCAACGUGACUUUGCAUGACGCGCGUCCGGGCGCAGACUUUGGACGACGUCUGUCGAGCAUCUCGUCCGGGAGGAACAAAUUCGGGCUGUCUUGCGUAUUCGCACCCGAUGGCAAGCGCGUGGCCAUGGGCUCGGAGACGGGGCAGAUCUACUUAUUCGACGUGGAGUCCGGCAUGCUGGCGAACACGUACACAUCGCAUGCGAUGGGUGUCCGCUCUCUGGCGUGGUCCGCUGAUUCGCAGCUACUUCUCAGCGCGUCCGAGGACAAGCGAAUGGUCCUUCACGACGUCAGAAAAUCCGAACAUGGUGGGAGUGUAACUACUUUCACCGGGCACUCUUCUUGGGUCCUCAGUGCAGAUAUAUCGGUCGAUGGUCGCUACGUGCUCUCUGGCUCCGCCGAUAGGACGGUCAAGGUGUGGGAUAUGCAGACUCGCGCGGCUGUCUCGACUAUCGCGCAGGACGGGGGCGAAGUCUGGAGUGUCGCGUGGAAUAAGGCGGGCAGCGCGAAUGGUGCUUUCGUGUCUGGAAGCGAUGACGGGUCCGUGAAGUGGUACCGCGUACCCGGUGCUGGCGAUGAACAAUGAGCGUUUUGAACGCUUUCUUGCUAAUGUAAUUGGACUUAUGUGAAGCUCAAAGUCGAAGUCCACAAUCCGUGCAGGUGGCGGCCCACCUCCGGACCGGUGCUUGUGCGCGAUUGUAGGCGACUACCUGUCUCUUGAUGCUUUCUGCAACUGUGAAAUUAGUUCAGACGGCGAAAGGUGCCGCGCAAUGCAACACCGCAGUAUAAACCCC